CAUUGUCAUCGUGAACAGGCGUCUAGCAAAAUGUUCAAAAAUACUUUUCAGUCCGGCUUUCUGUCUAUUCUAUACAGUAUUGGUAGCAAGCCGUUGCAGAUAUGGGAUAAAAAGGUCAGAAACGGUCACAUUAAGCGGAUAACUGACAACGACAUUCAGUCUCUCGUAUUGGAAAUUAUGGGAACAAAUGUCAGUACGACUUACAUCACGUGCCCUGGAGACAGUCACAGUCACGGACGAGGACAGAAGAAAACUUUGGGCAUAAAACUACCUUUCCUUGUAAUGAUCAUCAAGAACUUGAAGAAAUAUUUUACUUUUGAAGUGACGGUGCUGGAUGAUAAAGGAGUUAGACGGCGUUUUAGAGCUUCCAAUUAUCAGUCGACAACAAGAGUGAAACCAUUCAUAUGUACAAUGCCUAUGAGACUUGAUGAGGGAUGGAACCAAAUUCAGUUUAACUUGUCUGACUUUACACGGAGGGCAUAUGGGACAAACUACAUUGAAACUCUUCGAGUCCAACUUCAUGCCAACUGUCGUAUUCGUAGAGUAUAUUUCUCUGAUCGUCUCUACUCUGAAGAUGAACUGCCUGCAGAAUUCAAGCUUUUUCUGCCGGUCUCUCAAGCAGCAGAGCAGAAGUGACAUCAAGAAACUCUAGAGAUUCUCCAUUCUAUAUCAUAAACAAUAGAGAGAAAAGAAAGAUAGCCUAGACUGUAUUGUUGACAACAGUAUUUAUGGUUGGGAUCACUAAAUAGAGAGGCUAAGUGGCUUUCUCUAGAGUAGCAGUCUCUGUUACUAGAAGUAGUUGUCAUGAGUGUGACACAUUUAUGUAACAGAAGAAUGACACACAUUGAUGCUUUCACAACAAAUAAUGACUCAUGUGCAUUAGGGAUACAA